GUUCGUUUUCCGGUUUUCUGAUACCUGGACUUAUUUUCACAAAUAUAAUUUUCAGAUGAGUGCAGCAGCAGCUCGCGUCUCCCACAGUGCGCAGGCAGUCCGUCCUUUCAGAAAGCCUCCAAAAAUUCGCAAAUUCCUCAAGCGUGACGAGAAUGGUCUUCCAGUGCCGCACGUCAGGAAUCUCAUUGUCCGCGACACGCACCCAUGUCGUCUCAUGGACCACUACCACACUGCUCUUCAAGACAACUUGAUGUACAUGACUUACAAUCACGAGUCUGGCACACCACCACCAUCACCACGCCAAAUCCGUCUCACUUACGACCCCAAUGACCCUUACACUAAAAACCGUUACAACCCUCCUGUCGGUGGCUCUCAGGCGGGCAAAAAGCCGGCACCUCCGACCACUUCUCAGAAUGUCGUCCAUUUAGAAAAAAUAGUCAUUCAUUCCAUGAUGAAGGAAGCGCUUACCAACCGGAGUAAUCUACUUGGUCUCAUCGCCGCAUUCCGUGCAAUGUCGGGAGAAACCGAGAGUGGCGGAGGUCGCCCUUCGAGCAGUGGAGUGCAGAUCGUGAAGGGGAAAAAGAACGUCGAGUUAAAGGGACCCAAGAUGUACGACUUUUUGAAUACCCUGGUGGAGUUUGUGCUUCCGAGGAUUCGAGAGUUCCCGGGCAUAGUCAUGCCUCCCGCAUCAUCAACAAUGAAAUCUCCGAGCGGCGUGGCUGGUGUUGUUUCAUUUGGCUUGCCGCCAGAGGCCAUGGGCUACUUCCCUCAAAUUGAGGUCAAUUUGGAUUCGUACCCCAAGUCUUAUGUGGGGCUUGGUGCACAAAAUCGUGCAAGGGCACUGGUCUCUGGUUCCAGAUACCCUUUGCUCGCAAAUUACGUUGUUAAUCAAGUUAUUUGUUCUCUGCAUGCCAUCAUUAACGAGGAUAUAUGGUAA